AUGAAAAGUCUUGCUGCAGAUCUUACCAGUGUGAAUGGACAUAGACAUAUUGGAGUCAAACCAGGAAACCAAGUUUCGAACACUGUCGAGAGGCUGGAUGGUAGAAUGAUUGAUCCAUUGCGACUUUUGAUAAUGGAUGGCGGGAACCAACAACUAAGAACUCAGUCUUCGAAUUGUUGUUUAACAGGCGGUUAUAAAUCAACCAUGCGCGGACAUCUGAGAUGUCGGCCUCGACAGAGGCUAGGGCGUGGUCUUGCGAAGAAUGGAAUUUCUCCACUGAAACAGCUUUCACCUUUUUUUGUGGAUGAAAUCUGUAGAAAUAUGGAUGAUGGUCUUCCCACUGGGGCGGUCUUCAUUGACCUGAAGAAGGUAUUCGAUACAAUAGUCGAUUAUAUUCUUCUAAACAAGCUACAGAGAUACGGCGUUUGUGAUACGACUCUUCUUUGGUGUUCCAGUUAUUUGCAAGGCCGAUCCCAACGUCUAGAGGUCGACAAAGUUCUCUCCACACCCCUGGAUAUAACUUCUGGCGUCCCUCAAGGGUCACCUUUUGGGCCCCUGCUCUUUAAAUAG